AUGAACCAGCGGGGACUGCGGAGCCAGGCUCUUGUGGACGCGGCAACAUGCGGCAUACUGCGCGGAUUUUUGGCUGUUCGCGGUUCAGCCGUGCGUUGUGGGGUGGACCUGGCGACGUUACUAGCUGCGGAGCGCAUACUAGUGUCGAGGCAGCACGCCACGUUAUCCUUCCUGGAGCAGGAGCUUGGAAUUAUGUGCGGCGCCUUCGAGAAACUAAGCUCGGAAUCCAUGGAAGCCUUGGUGCUGGUGCUUGAUAGCGCACGGUUUGUGCUCCAGCGUGCGGCCGCACGGCAUAAGUCCCCGGCGGAAGCACCCCCAUACAAGGAGCGAGUGAUGCACCUGUGGAGAACCUUCCUUAUAGAUUUGUACAGCUUGACCAGGCGUGGCGGGCCGCCCUUUGCCGAAUUGUCGCUUGUAAGCCUACAUCCCAGCCCCUCUCACUCACUGCCGACGUAUUCGACACCAGACGUCAGCAAACCACGGGGACUCUUCACCCGAGGUGUGAAACGUGACGGCGAGCGCACAUACCCAAGCGACAGCCAGGGCGUAGGUGCAUUGGCCCCAAUCUGGCCGUCGUUGAAGUCAGCGGUGCAGCUGGGCCUUUCGGACGCUGCAUUCCUGGCGCUGUGCGUAUUUGGCCUACAUCGCUGCACGCAUCUGGCGGAAGCGGAUGGGAAAAGAUUAUCCGUGCAUGACCACCUCUCACACUGGAGCCGGACCGGGCAGAGACACGUACUACUUACGAGUUACCAGAAACACGCGCUAGUAACGGGUGGCAUUGAGAUACGGAGGGCUUGCACCGACGUUAUUAAAGUUCCCUUAGGAAAGUGGAACUUAGUCGAGGUCCCUUGGGAACACAGGAAGGGCCGCAUCGACUACCAUGGCGAUGCCUCCCAGCCUUUCGGGCGAAUAAUGUUGCAAAUACCACAUUCUAAUGUACUACCACCAAGGACCGAGUCGACCUUAAUGUGCAUAUCAAUUCUAGCGAUGUAA